GUCAAAACGGUAUCAGCCUCCUUAAUUGAGACAGGUAAUUUGUUCCAGAGAAGAGGUGCUCUAUAUAAAAACGCCCUGCCGCCAGCAGUUUAAAAAAUAAUAAUUUGGGGAACCACCAGAUAGCCAGCAUCUUGGGAUCUUGGUGACCUUAUGGGGUGAUAGGGUGCAAAAAGACCAGAGAGGUAUAGUGGUGCCAAUCCAUGCAGAGAUUUGUAGGUUAGUAAUAGAACUUUGAAAUCAGCUCUGGCUUGGAUAGGGAGCCAGUGUAGAGAGACGAGAGUAGAUGUUAUGUGAUCGUUACUUUCUGGAUCUGGUCAAUAGUCUAGCAGCAGCAUUUUGCACCCGCUGUAAUUCUUUAAGUAGGUACUUGGGAGGCCAGAGAAUAAUGUUGUUAAGUAGAUGGAAAAAUGCAGUACAGAUCUUAUACUCCACCUUAGAGGGAGGUGUCUGUCAGGUGAUCUUAUACUCCACCUUAGAGGGAGGUGUCUGUCAGGUGAUCUUAUACUCCACCUUAGAGGGAGGUGUCUGUCAGGUGAUCUUAUACUCCACCUUAGAGGGAGGUGUCUGUCAGGUGAUCUUAUACUCCACCUUAGAGGGAGGUGUCUGUCAGGUGAUCUUAUACUCCACCUUAGAGGGAGGUGUCUGUCAGGUGAUCUUAUACUCCACCUUAGAGGGAGGUGUCUGUCAGGUGAUCUUAUACUCCACCUUAGAGGGAGGUGUCUGUCAGGUGAUCUUAUACUCCACCUUAGAGGGAGGUGUCUGUCAGGUGAUCUUAUACUCCACCUUAGAGGGAGGUGUCUGUCAGGUGAUCUUAUACUCCACCUUAGAGGGAGGUGUCUGUCAGGUGAUCUUAUACUCCACCUUAGAGGGAGGUGUCUGUCAGGUGAUCUUAUACUCCACCUUAGAGGGAGGUGUCUGUCAGGUGAUCUUAUACUCCACCUUAGAGGGAGGUGUCUGUCAGGUGAUCUUAUACUCCACCUUAGAGGGAGGUGUCUGUCAGGUGAUCUUAUACUCCACCUUAGAGGGAGGUGUCUGUCAGGUGAUCUUAUACUCCACCUUAGAGGGAGGUGUCUGUCAGGUGAUCUUAUACUCCACCUUAGAGGGAGGUGUCUGUCAGGUGAUCUUAUACUCCACCUUAGAGGGAGGUGUCUGUCAGGUGAUCUUAUACUCCACCUUAGAGGGAGGUGUCUGUCAGGUGAUUGGCCACCAGUGAUGGGGACGGGGAUGACCUCAUCUUGUCAGGUUUCAGAAGGAGUUUUAUUGUCAAGGUGUGCAGUCAAAGGUGUGGUGAUGUCCAGGUGCAAAAGAGUACAUUCUCCACCGCCUGGAUCUGGUUCUGCCUCUUCCUUCUCUAGACCCACAGAGUUGUGGGGCCUUAUGUGUCUUCUUAUCUCCUGGUUUAGCCAUUCCUCCUCCACUAUCUGGUGGUUCUCACUGGCCCUGAGCAUGCUGGCUCCAUAUUCUCUGCAGCCGUGCAAUAACCCUGUGAAGCCCUCCCUGUUAAUAUGCUGACCUCUUGUUGUUCCUCUUCUCAUUCUAAGACAAGUCAAGACUUAAGACAAUUAAAUUUCCGUCCUGGCAACAUAAUGAUAUAUUUGGAAUACAUGUUCAACAUUAUCAUUACAUAUUUUGAUAUAUCUGAAGCAUUGAUUGUAUUUUCAUCCAAAAAAAAGCAUUGAUUAUAUUUUCAUAAACACUAGAUAGUUUUGAGAUUGACACCCCUCCACAGUUAAGGCCUGCACCUGUGUGUUCCUCUGGGACAGAUGAUGGAGACGACAGUCUGAAUGACCAUGAGGACGGCAGUGGAAG